AUGGUUACCAAUGAUGAUGCAUUCCUGGAAUCAACUGAACGAAGGACCGUUACAUUUAGCAUUUCACGUAGGAAUCCAGCUUAUGGAACAGUUCUUGCUCUUUCUGCGACUGGUUUCAGUAUUGAAAAGUCAAUUAUUUUCACUGACGAAAUGUUCAACGAAAUGAUACUAGAUGGGAUGAAAUAUACAAAUGACGCUUCCAUAGCGCGUUUCAUUAUUCGUAGUUCUGAUAAAGCGGGUGAUUUGUUUGGAAGGGAUAUUAUUGAGCAAGCUGAGAUUGAUUUCUGGGUGAUAGCAGUUGAACGGUAUUUAGAGCAUGAUGAUUUGGGGGAUUUGAUGAGAUCAGCUCAAGAAAAAUUAACAAGUAAUUUAUAUCUGUGCCUGAAUCGACGUACACUUGCGGAUAUUAUGCUGUGGACUGUUAUAGCUGCAGAUGCCAAGGCUCAACAACAAAAACCUUUUUCGACAUUCUUUGAAAGUAUACUGUAUGAUCCCUUAUUUGCUGAUGCGCAUCAUGCUAUUGGCAGAUUUCGAAUAGGGACUCCAGAAAAGUUAGAAAACGAGAAAGUGGAGUCGGAAACUACAAUGGCUAUCAAAGGCCAAAAGGAAUCAACUAAAAGUGUUGAAGGAAAGAAAGCGCAAGACCAACUAAAAGAUGAAGGAAAAUUUAUAGAAUUGCCAGGUGCAGAAAAGGGAAAAGUGGUAGUUCGAUUUCCCCCUGAAGCUAGUGGAUAUUUGCACAUUGGACAUGCUAAAGCAGCUCUUUUAAAUCAGUAUUAUCAGCAAGCUUUUGAAGGAGAAUUGAUUAUGCGAUUUGACGAUACGAAUCCAGCAAAAGAGAAUGCUCAUUUUGAACAGGUAAUUUUGGAAGAUUUGAAAAUGUUAGAAGUGAAGCCAGACAGAUGGACGCAUACAUCUGACCAUUUUGACUUGAUAUUAGAAAUGUGCGAACGUUUGUUGCAAGAAGGGAAAGCAUAUGUUGACGAUACGGAUGCCGAAUUGAUGAGAAAAGAACGCGAAGGACGCAAAGAAAGCCGAUGCCGUAAUAAUACUCCCGAACAAAAUUUGGCAUUAUGGGAAGAAAUGAAACGAGCAACCUCAAAAGGACAGAAAUGUUGUGUUCGAAUCAAAAUUGACAUGCAAAGCAAUAAUGGUGCAAUGCGCGAUCCAACAAUUUAUCGCUGUAAAGCAGAAACUCAUGUUCGAACUGGAAAUAAAUAUAAGGUUUAUCCAACAUACGACUUUGCAUGUCCUAUAGUGGACAGCAUUGAAGGUGUUACACAUGCACUUCGUACAACAGAGUAUACAGAUCGUGAUGAUCAGUACUAUUUUAUUUGUGAUGUACUAGGAUUGAGAAAACCAUAUAUUUGGUCCUAUGCUCGACUAAAUAUGACAAAUACUGUGAUGAGUAAGCGAAAACUUACGUGGCUUGUCGAUGAACAUCAUGUGGAAGGAUGGGAUGAUCCACGAUUGCCAACUGUACGAGGUGUUAUGCGACGCGGAUUAACGGUUGAAGGUUUAAAGCAAUUUAUUGUUGCUCAAGGUGGUAGUCGUGCCAUUGUCAUGAUGGAAUGGGAUAAAAUUUGGUCUUUUAAUAAAAAAGUAAUUGAUCCGGUUGCUCCUCGUUAUACCGCUCUUGCUUGUCCAGAAAAUCUUGUUCAAGUAGUAGUUACGGAUAAUUUGGCUGAAGAAUCGAAGAAGGUUUCAUUACAUCCAAAGAAUCAUGAAGUUGGAACAAAAACUGUUUGGUACAGCAAAAAAGUGUUGGUGGAAGAAGCUGAUGCACGGGAAAUGAAAAUUGGUGAUUGCGUGACAUUUAUCAAUUGGGGAAAUAUAAAGAUUUGUGACAUAUUAAAAGAUGGUGAUAGAAUAACAGAAAUCAGAGCGAAAUUAGAUUUAGAUAACAAAGAUUACAAGAAGACAUUAAAAGUAACAUGGAUUGCUGAUACGAAAAUGGGACCACAAAUUCCAGUAAAAGUCAUUGAGUAUUCUCAUAUUAUCAGUAAGCCCAUUAUUGGGAAAGACGAAAAUUGGAAACAGUUCGUUAAUUAUGAUUCUGUGGAAUAUGUCGACUUCAUCGGUGAACCCGCAAUGAAAAAAAUACGUAAAGGGGAUAUUAUUCAGUUGCAACGUAAAGGAUACUAUAUAUGUGAUUUGGAAUAUACGUCAAAAAGCGAAUAUUCUGGUUUUGAAAUGCCUGUUGUUUUGAUUCUCAUACCAGAUGGCAGCAGUAAACCUAUUAAACAAACUCAGACGGCUUCUGCCGUAGAACUGGGAAAAACAAACGGUGAAAUUCAGAUAAAUGGAAAUGCAUCAACAAGUGAAAUGAACAUACUCAAACUUAGUGAACAAAUAAAAGAGCAAGGUGAUUUGGUCAGAUCUCUGAAAGCAGCAGAUCCAAAGGGUGUGAAAACUAAAGAAGCCAUCGCUACUCUUUUGAGCCUAAAAAAGACUUUUCAAGAAUUUUGUGUAAAAGAAAACACCAACAAACUAUCCUUAUCAGAUGAUGCUAGCGAUUUGUAUCAGAGCAUUGAGAAGCAAGGAAAUCUUGUUCGAUCUUUGAAAGCUAGUGAUCCUAAAAGUGAUGAUACUAAAGCUGCUAUUUCAAAGCUACUGGAUCUUAAAAAACACUACAAGGAUAGAACUGGUUCAGAAUAUAAGCCAGGGUCAACAAUUACAUCGCAAAAGCAAGCAGAUGUGACGACGCGAAAUCUAGAAGGACUGUACAAACAGAUCGAAGAACAAGGUAAUAUAGUUCGUGCACUGAAAGCUGCUAAUCCAAAAAGUGAAGAAGCAAAAGCAGCUAUAGCAGAGCUUUUGAAUUUAAAGCAAAACUGUAAGGAAAUAUCAGGGUUCGAAUAUAAACCGAAGAAUAUACUUGUUACGCCAUCCGAUAAUAAACUCAGGAGUGAUAGCGCAAAAUGCAAGGAAGCAUUUGUGAAAAAAAUUGCUGAACAAGGCGAUUUGGUGAGAUCACUGAAAGCAAAAGAUGCAAAAUCGCAGGAAGCAAAAGAUGCGAUAGCGGAAUUAUUGAAAUUAAAGAAGCAAUACAAGGAUGAAUUUGGUGAAGACUAUACCGCCAAUGCUACUAAUACCAAUUCUUCCACUGCUAAGAAAGUUGUGACAGUUACGAAUGAAGAAAGACAAAAAAGUGAUGGUAAAAAAGAAAAGAAGGAAGAAGUUAAGCCUAAAACAACAUUGGCAUCGAUGGAGAUGGUGAAACAGACAAAGUUAGGCCUGGAUGUUAAGAAGGAAGAGAAUUUAGCAGAAUGGUAUUCGCAGAUUAUAAUAAAAGCGGAUAUGAUCGAAUAUUACGAUGUAUCAGGUUGCUAUAUAUUGCGUCCAUGGUCAUUUGCAAUUUGGGAAAUAGUGAAAAAAUGGUUUGACACAGAAAUUAAGAAAUGUGGCGUACGCAAUUGUUAUUUUCCAAUAUUCGUUUCACAAAACGGUUUGCAAAGAGAAAAGGAACAUAUUGAUGAUUUUGCUCCAGAGGUUGCUUGGGUAACACGAGCUGGAAAUUCUGAAUUGAGUGAACCGAUUGCGAUACGUCCUACUAGUGAAACGGUAAUGUAUCCAAGUUAUGCGAAAUGGAUUCAGUCCUAUCGUGAUUUGCCUAUUCGUUUAAAUCAGUGGUGCAAUGUUGUGCGCUGGGAAUUCAAGCAUCCGACACCAUUUUUACGAACACGUGAAUUUUUAUGGCAAGAAGGACAUACGGCUUUUCAAACAAAACAAGAAGCUGAAGAAGAAGUUUUUGCAAUCCUGGAUUUAUAUGCAAAAGUUUAUACGGAUCUGUUUGCUAUACCAGUAAUUAAAGGUCGAAAAUCAGAAAAAGAAAAAUUUGCUGGUGGUGAAUUUACAACUACCGUUGAAGCAUAUGUUCCAGUUAAUGGACGUGGUAUUCAGGGUGCUACAUCUCAUCAUCUCGGUCAGAAUUUCUCCAAAAUGUUUGACAUUUCGUUCGAGGAUCCGGAAACUGGUAAAAAAACAUUUGCAUGGCAAAAUAGUUGGGGCAUGACGACAAGAACAAUUGGUGCAAUGAUCAUGAUUCAUAGUGAUAAUGAUGGCCUAGUACUACCUCCAAGAGUUGCACCUAUUCAGGUGAUUAUCAUACCGGUUGGCAUCGCAUCACAGAUGCAUAACAAAAUAAAGCAGGAAAUAAUUACAAAAAUAGAAGAAAUCAUAAAGACUCUCGAAAACUCCAAAAUUCGAGUCGACAUUGAUUUGCGUGAUAAUUAUUCUCCUGGAUGGAAGUUUAAUCAUUGGGAGUUAAAAGGUGUUCCGAUUAGGCUUGAACUUGGACCGAAAGAUAUUGAAAAAUCUCAGGUCACAUGUGUCACUCGUUAUAACAAACAUAAAUCAGUCAUUCCGAUCGAUAAUUUAUUAGCAAAAUGUUCUGAAUUACUAGAUGAGAUACAUACUAACAUGUAUAUAAACACGAAAAGAAUACGUGAUGAGCGUCAGAAAAUUACAAAACAUUGGUCCGAAUUCAAAGAACUGCUAGAUCAGAAAUGUUUAAUUUUGGCUGCAUUCUGUGGUUUCUCACAAUGUGAAGAUAACAUCAAGAAAGAUAGUUCCAGUGAUGAAUGUGGUCAAAUAGGAGUACCACUAAUGGGCGCUAAAACAUUGUGCAUACCGCUGGAACAGCCUUCGGAACAAUUACCAGUACAUUGUAUACAUCCAAAAUGCAAGGAACAGCCUAAAUUUUAUGCACUUUUUGGCCGCAGCUAUUAA